GUUGGUACAUACAGCGCAGCUGGAGUGGGCGGAGGAAGCUCGCGGUGAGACAAGAGAAGAUACAGAGAACCACAAAGCAAUGUGCAUGGACAUCGUUAUCGGUCGAGAAAAAGCCAAAGAGUCGCUUCCUGCAGUUCUUCCCCACGAUGCAGACCGCGGCGCACCGCAACCCCGCGCGGCCUCAUGACAAACUUGUAUGACAUCCCCGCCGGGCUGGUGACCGGCAUAGAGGACAGCGCCCUUGCGGCGCAGAUCAUCGUGGCCGUGAUCCUGGCCAUCGCCUUCUACAACUCGGUAGAGCUCGUCGUCCUGCUCUUCCUCACCUUCAAGAAGUACCGCGGCCUCUACUUCUGGUCCCUGCUGGUCUCCACCGUGCUGGGCGUCAUGCCCAGCGUCGUGGGCCCCGUGCUGCACUUCUACUCGCUCGGCCCCCUCCUGCUCGCCCUGCUCAUCUCGAACCUCGGCUUCUACGCCAUGGUGCCCGUGCAGUCGCUGGUCCUGUACUCCCGCCUGCACCUGCUCCUCCGCAACGAGCGCCGUCUGCGCCAGAUCCUCUACCUGAUCCUGCUCACCACCGCCAUCCUGCUGCCCCCGACGACCGUCACCACUUACGGCUCCGCCUUCGUGGGCACUGCCCCCUGGAACGCCGCGUACCAGGUCAUCGAGCGCGCCCAGGUGACCGGGUUCUGCCUCCUGGAGCUGUUGCUCUCCGCCUUGUAUAUCCGAGAGGCGGUGCAUGUGCUGUUGGCCGGCGAUCCCGCGCUGCUGCGCCGACGGCGAGAGUCCGGGGAAACCGACGGCGGCGGAGGAGGAGGAGGAGGAUCUGGUGGCAGCGGCGCCGGGAAUGUGAUCUACCAGCUCGUGGCUAUCAACUUUGUUAUCAUCGCGCUCGAUGUCGGCCUGCUCGUUCUGGAGUAUGUCGGGCUCUACUAUCUGCAGGUCGCAUUGAAGUCCCUGGUGUAUAGUAUUAAGCUGAAGAUGGAGUUUGCGGUUCUGGGUCGGCUCAUUACCCUCACGGGCCGGCAUGCCCAUCGCGAGGAGCCGGUCGCGAGACUCGACGAGCCGGCGAGGGUGCCGGACUUUGUGGGGGGGGAGUAUGCGGCCGUGGACUUUACGCACCCUGUCCGGACAUCGAAACCAUCCAUGUCCUCGGGGUGA